AAAUGAACACAUAAAAGGAAUUCAGGCCUGGGGCAGAUCAGCCGUGAUCAUAUUGAAGGUUGGUGCAGACUUCAGGGCUUAGUGAUCGACCGCUGCUCCUAUUUUCUUGAGUUCUUAGUUUUGAGAUACAGCGUGGAAACAGGCCCUUCCGCCCACUGAUCUAGUCAGUAUUGAAUGUGCAGCAGACAUAGAAUUCCUAAAUUAAAUUCAGGAGAACAUUUUUUCAGCCAACAUGAGAGGAGCAGGAAGACGGCCAAUUCUGGAAUUAGCUUUAGGGAAUGAAGCUGGGUAGGUGGAGCGAACAUCAGUGGGAGAGCAAUUUUGUGGUAGUGAUCAUAAUUCAGUUAACAUAGUUAUGAAAAAUAUAAAAUAAGAGUGAAGGAUCUAAAUUAGGUUAAAGCCAAUUUUAUUAAACAAGAGAAGCGAGUUUGCAAAUGUGGGCUGGAAACAAUUACUUCAAAGUAAAUCAGUCUCAGAGCAACGGAGGCAUUUAAGGAGAUUCAACGACCUCAGGGUAAAUAUAUUCCCAUAAAGAAGGACAGGACUACUUUGUAGAAUACCCCCUGGAUGGCAAGAUGUACAGAGGAUAGGAUGAGAGCAAAAGCAUGGAAUAACAAAGAAAAUGAAAGGAGUAAAACGAAAAGAGAAGAGUGGUUGCUUAAUCUUCCCAGAGGUCCCAGAGUGCCCGCGGACAGUAAUUCACACGCACAAGCUUCAUGCACAUCAAACCAUACUUUUAGGAAUGGACCCUGCUCACUGACAUCUCUGAAGCCACAGGAUGCUCACCUGGAUAGCAAAGGUUGCUCCCCACCCCCCUCAGCUGCAGACUCGGCCUGACGUUAAGGAUGGCUCUCCACCUGAUGAGAAACAGAAAAUGGUGGAACCGGAAAAAUCUAAAAAUGAAGCAGGCGACUGUUCUGAUGCAGGACGAAAAGAGGGUGAAACUGGCCACACUGCAGCGUCCACUGCAUUCCCCAGUUCUGGGGGCGGAGUCCUGUUCUGGAUUGCACAAUAUGCGAGCAGAUUUAUCCCACCACAUAUUGAUAACUCAAGACUUCCUAAAGGUGCAUCUGAUUCUGAGAAGAAUGCAGAGAAUAAGGAAAAAGAACCAAUCGAAGAGUCUAAGGCACCUCCACCAGCUGCAGCUUCAGCACCAGCUCCGGUUCCGGCUCCAGUUCCAGAGAAAGCACCAGCUCCAGUUCCAGUGAGUGCUCCUGCUCCAGCUCCAGCUCCAGAGACGCAAUCAUCAAGUCAACCAUGUGUUGGUGAAGCUCCAUCUAACCAGCAUCAACAGGACAGGGACUCAGGAGGUGGAGUGCUCAGCUGGUUUGUGCAAGGAUUCAAUGGGGUAUUGCCACAACCUGAAGAUAAACCUAAAUCAGCUGACCCUGCGGAGGUGACCACGGCAUCAAAAGUGACAAAAAAGGAUCCUGCAAAUCCACAGAAACAAGAACUGCCAAUUGAAACAAAAUCUCAGUCAGAAAUUAAACCUCCGAAAGAACCUGAAGUGAAGGCAGAAGUUGUGGUACCUGAAACCUCUAAAGAGUGCAGCCAGCAGGCAGAACCUCGAGCAAACUUUCCUCCUACAGUCUCAACUGAUGAAGUGCUUCACUCAUCUUCCAGUGGCAACAGUGUGCUUGAAUGGCUGAAACAGAGUCUGGAGAAAGUUGUCCCACAGCCUGCAUCUGAAUCAGCCAGAGUGGAAACUGAAUUAACUGCCCCAGAAAACAAGGUUCCAGUGGAAGAGAAGGAACCAGGUGCGAAGGUUACAGAGGUUAAAGAGAAACUGCCAGCCGCUGUCACCAUCAUAGAAGUUGCCCCUGCAGAACGCACCCUGGAUCCUACAAUGAACAAAGAGAAACAACCAAAGUCCAAAGCAAUUACUAUGACCAGUGACAACAAUAAAAGUGUCUUCAGUUGGCUAGUGCAGGGCCUUGGGAAAGUUGUGCCACAGCCGGUCACCAAACCCCAGUUACCAAACGAGGAUGCCGGGACUACUAUUGCAUGUGCUGCAGUGGAAACUCCAAAGGAGAUGGUGUUGGAAGAUGUUGAUUCUGAUUGGGAUGAAGAGACACAGUACCAUGAUGCUGAAACUCAAACCAGUGAGUGUGAGGCCCAGGUGCAACUCACAAAACCAGCCAUAAGAAUUGAAGUGACACCGCUGAGUUCAAGCCAGCUGUGGAAUAUCACGGAGGAACCAGAAGGGGAUGCAGAACCUGUGCAAGUGUGUGAAGAAACAGGGAGGAGUGAGGAUCCACCCAAUGAAAACCCAGUUUUGCUGUGUGAGGAAAUCGAAAGCGAUGAAGAACUGCAAUUGACAGGACCGGUGCAGAUGUGUGAAGAAACCGACAGCUGUGAGGAUACACCAGCAGCAGAACCGGAAAAUGUGUGUGAAGCAGCCGAAGGGAAUGAGGAUCCCGCAGCCGUGGAGCCAAUCCUGUUGGAUGAAGGAACCGAGGAAGAUGAGGAUCACUCGAUUGUGGAGCAAACACCGGUGACUGAUGAAGCUCUGAGCAAUGAAGACCUGCCACCAAUUCCUAACUUGGAUACCAUCUGCCCUGAGGGGAUCGACCAGACUGUACAGGCAGGAUGUAAUGAAGAAACUACAGAAGAUCAAUUAAUACAAGCUGUUGAAACUAGUCCCGAACAAGAGGAAGUUCUGAAGACUGAGUUGGAACAAGAACAUCCUCCUACUGCCUCUGGGCCUUCAGUCAAAAUCGAAGAUGUGGAUUCUGAAGUGGAUUCUUUAAUAUCAGGACAUAACAAGUUGCCACGAAUCCAAUCAUCCUCUUCAACAUGCCACAAUCGAACACUUACAGUGCCUGGCGCCCACAAGACACCACAAAGAGGGAAGCCUUCUUCCCACGAAGAUGAGCAGUCUCAGGAGAUACCCGGACAAGCUUGGCAGAGCCAAACCAAUCUUCAGGUUGAAGAUAGUUUUAGAUCGCCGCAGGGUUCAACUUCAAGUAUUACCAGUGCUAUUGUUAAUGAGCGCCUCCAGGUAUUAGUUAAACUCUUUAAAGAAAGAACAGAACGGGUCAAAGAAAAGCUAAUUGACCCUGAGGCAUCUGAGGAUGAGGAAAGUCCAACAGCAACACCUGCAAAGAGGCCCAUGGAAGCCUCUCUCCCAGCUGCAGAUGAAAAGAAAGAGGAGAUGGAAGAGGAGCACUACUGUGAAAUGAUAUGCUGCCGAUUUAAAACAGCACCUUGGAUCAGACGGAUCAAAUCAUUGGGGCUUCCAUCUAGUGUUGAUCCUUUCAGCAAUCCAUUAUACGUUCUGUGGUUAUCCAUCGUAGUAUUAGCCUGGAAUUGGAAUGUUUGGCUAAUCCCUGUGCGUUGCACCUUUCCCUAUCAAACACCUGAUAACAUCUAUAUAUGGCUUUUGAUCGAUUAUUUUUGUGAUUUCAUUUACGUGAUGGACAUGCUUGUUUUCCAGUCCCGCCUCCAGUAUGUAAAAGGAGGAGACAUUAUAACAGCAAGGAAACUUAUGAGAGAAAAUUACAUAAAAACCCCAAAAUUUAAGAUGGAUUUGGUGUCUCUUUUGCCUUUGGAUAUAUUGUAUUUUAAACUAGGCUUCAAAGUGUUGUUGAGAGUUCCACGCCUCUUGAAGUACACAACCUUUCUUGAAUUUAAUGACCGACUGGAAGCAAUAAUGAGCAAAGCUUAUAUUUACAGAGUGAUAAGGACCACAAUAUAUUUACUGUACAGCCUCCACAUAAACAGUUGUUUAUACUAUUGGGCAUCUGACUACGAGGGCAUUGGAGCCACAAAGUGGGUUUAUGAUGGUGAGGGGAACAGUUAUAUGAGGUGCUAUUACUGGGCUGUGAAGACUCUGAUUACAAUUGGAGGGCUACCUGAGCCAGAGACUGUGUUCGAAAUUUUUUUUCAACUUGUCAACUAUUUCAUGGGAGUCCUCAUCUUCUCCAUCAUGAUUGGUCAGAUGAGAGAAGUGGUGGGGGCAGCUACUGCUCGACAGACAUAUUAUCGAAACUGUAUGGAUAACACAGUGAGGUAUAUGAAUCUGAACACAAUUCCUAGAGGAGUCCAGAGCCGAGUGCGGAAGUGGUACGAAUUUACCUGGGAGUCACAAGGAAUGCUUGAUGAAUCAGAGCUGUUGGAACAACUCCCUGAUAAAAUGAGGCUGGACAUUGCCAUUGACGUCAACUUCAGCAUCAUCAGUAAAGUUGCACUCUUUCAGGGCUGUGACAGACAGAUGGUUUUCGACAUGCUGAAGCGACUCAAAUCAGUUGUAUAUUUGCCAGGAGACCACGUAUGUAAAAAGGGAGAGAUUGGAAGAGAAAUGUACAUAAUUAAAGCUGGCGAGGUCCAGGUUGUUGGUGGCCCCGAUGAUAAGACCGUGUUUGUGACUCUGCGAGCAGGCUCCGUUUUUGGUGAGAUCAGUUUGCUGUCAGUGGGAGGUGGAAAUCGGCGGACUGCCAACGUCGUUGCUCAUGGAUUUGCAAACCUUUUCAUCCUCAACAAGAGAGACUUGAGUGACAUUCUGAUCCACUACCCGGAUUCUCAGAAACUUCUCCGAAAGAAAGCUAAGAAACUUCUUUCUAAAGAUGGUGGAAAAUCAGUAAAGCCAGAAGGAAAAGGAUUCCAGCAUAUCAUUCCACCCAGACCAGAGACUCCUAAAUUAUUCCAUGCAGUCCUCUCAGUAGUGGGUAAAUAUGGAAUCAAAGGAACAUUCUCUCUUAUUAAAAAGAAACUUGGAGAAUCUGCCAGCAUGCAGCCAAGACUGCAGCCUCCUCCCUCCCCUUACCAUCGGCGGUCACCUUUUACAGCAAAAAAGCUGGAUGAAACUGAUGAUGAAGAUGAUGAUGAUGUUAUUUCAGAAAUGAUAGAUUCCUCUGUCUUGAUCAGGAUGUCUCCUGCUCACGAUGGGAGAAGGGAACAAAUUCUGUCCGUGGAAGUUCCCGAUGAGGAAAAAGAGAAGUCGGAAAAGUGAUACUGCUUUGGAUUUGCAUUUUGUUUUGUUAAAAGUAGCAAUUUAAAAAGUGAGCGCAGUAAAUUGUUAAGAAUUAGGCUCGCUGUGAUGUUGCAUUGUAAUGAAAAUUUUGCACUUAUUCAGCAUAUUUCACAUCUCAGGAUGACUCAAAGUGCUCUAUAGCUGAUUAUGUAACUUUGAAGUCCAGUCACUGUUACAAUUUAGAAACACGCAGCACAAUCUGUUUCAGGUGUUGGUUAGGGCUAAAUCUGUUAGGGAAAUCCAGCACAACUGUCUUCUGCAGUUGCUAAAAUUAUAAUAUAUUAUUUUAGGAAGGAAACUAUCGUUGUGCUUGUGCAUAGGAGAAUACUUACAAAACCACAGUGUCACAGACAAUCAACACAAUUAAACAUACACUGCACAAUUUACCUUUAAGGCUCAUAUAGAACCACUCCUAAAUAUAAUUCACAUAUGGAUAUACUCUUAUAUAGAACAUAUAUACAUGGUCAUGUCACCUCGUAUACAUGUACUCACAUUUAAACUUCAUACAUAUUGCACAUCAGAUAUGCAAGACAGAAAUACACGCUGUUAAAAGAGAUUCAGGAGUAAAUCUUUUCCAUGGUGGUAGCAGUUAAAAAGUACAGAAUGUAAUUACCUACAAAGGUCUUUACAAAUAUGGCUUGCAUAUAUUAAGUAGCCACAUAUAAAUCAACUUACCACACUGGACAUUAACAAAUGUCCAGAGAAUCAGCUGCACCACCACACACAAUCUCUACACCGACAUUAUUGUUGAUAAUGCAGAUAUAAUGCUAAAUGUGUACCAUAAUCAUACAAUAAUUAUCACUCAAUAUAACUCAAUUGUUUGUCAUUAAUUAAAUUUUUUAAAUGGUGUUUCAAAUCUACUGUAGAUGUUCUUCGCUUUUCCAGAGGUUCCAUCUUUGCUUUUCCUUUUAGGAGCAAAACAAUAGCACUCACUGUAAACUGGAACUUUAUGAUGUAUCUCCUAGUACAUUCCCAAUAACCAAGUAGCUCAGCGAGGAAGGAAGGAAUAUCUUGCCCUCUUUCCUUAAUGAAUAUUAAUCCUCCAAGAUCAUAUUAUCAUAUGGUGGCCGAUUGGGAAAGGGGGAGAUGCAGCGAGACCUGGGUGUCAUGGUACACCAGUCAUUGAAGGUAGGCAUGCAGGUGCAGCAGGCAGUAAAUAAAGCGAAUGGUAUGUUAGCUUUCAUUGCAAAAGGAUUUGAGUAUAGGAGCAGAGAGGUUCUACUGCAGUUGUACAGGGUCUUGGUGAGACCACACCUGGAGUAUUGCGUACAGUUUUGGUCUCCUAAUCUGAGGAAGGACAUUAUUGCCAUAGAGGGAGUGCAGAGACGGUUCACCAGACUGAUUCCUGGGAUGUCAGGACUGUCUUAUGAAGAAAGACU